AUGCAGGAAGGAAGACUAUGGAAGGUAGCAAGAAAGCAAGCAAUACAUCAACAAACGCUAAUAAGAAUCGAGAUCAGAAGCAACAAGAAAAUGAGAUUUGAUUCCGUACUAUCCAAUGCCUUGGUUUUGGCAUCCGUGGCCUCAGGUGCUGCAGUCCACAAGCACGCUGAGCAGGAGAAAAGAGAUGUGACAGUUGUUGUUACGAACUUUGUGAAUGUCAACGGUCAGGUUGCAGCCCCAGAUCAGACCAGCACGGCGUAUGGUGCUGCAUCUAGCUCUCCAGAAACAACUACAUUGGUACCAACUAGUGCUGUUGAAAGCCCUAGCUCAAGUUCUAGCCCAAGCUCUAGUUCCGGUUCAAGCUCUAGCUCUAGCUCUAGCUCUAGCUCUAGCUCUAGCUCUAGCUCCAGUUCCAGUUCUGGGUCUGGAUCUGGGUCUGGACAAUACAGCGGUGCUUUGGGUAUCACAUAUUCGCCAUACACCGACAGCGGAUCGUGUAAAACGUCCGACGAGAUCAAGUCCGAUAUUCAAAAACUGACCGAAUUCGACGUCAUCAGAGUGUACGAUACCGACUGCAGCGGCUUGCAAGCCAUUGUUCCUGAACUACAGGGCAACCAAAAGAUAUUCAUCGGGAUCUACAACAUCGACAACAUCGCCUCCAGUGUUAGUAUAAUAAAAUCUGUAUUUAACGGGGACUUCUCAAAAGUGUACGCCGUUUCUGUUGGUAACGAACUGGUCAACUCAGGCGCCAAGUCCGUCUCCGACGUCAGCAGCGCUGUCCAGUCCGCCAAGUCCCAGCUAAAGAACAUCGGCUACAACGGUGACGUCGUCACCGUUGACACCUUGGUUGCUACAGAGAACAACACAGGCCUCUGUAGUGCCUCAGACUUCAUCGCCGUAAACUGUCACCCAUACUGGGACGGUCACGUGGACCCAUCCAACUGUGGCCCAUGGAUCAAGCAGCAGCUAUCCGAUUUGUCCUCCACCUGCAACAACAACAAGAAGAUCGUCGUGACCGAAACAGGCUGGCCAACACAGGGCUCCACCUACAUCAACGCCGUUCCAUCGAAGUCCAACCAAGACAAGUGCAUCCAGUCCAUCAUUGACACACUAGGCUCGCAAGCUAUACUGUUCACUACAUACAACGACUACUGGAAAUCUCCGGGCUCCCAAGGUGUAGAACAGUACUGGGGUAUCUUUGGGGACAGUCCAGAGUAG